CGGGGCCCAACUACUGGCUACUGGUGGUUCGGAGGAUGCGUCGACCGUGUACCACGCCAAUCUGGUAGCCGGUAGCAACACCUCCGUCGUGACUGCGGCGCUCCAGCAGCCGAUACUAGCGAGCCUCAAUUCAGCGGCAUUGGCUAGCAUGCAGGCCUCCGCGGAGGCCAACUCGCGGAAUAUAACGACCAUGGAAUGGCUUUACAAGAAGGAGCCCUUAUUCACGCUCGCCCACUUCUGGCAACAGAGAGCGACUUCGGCGGAGAAAGAAAUAGCCGCGUUGAAAGAACAGCUCGCCGCAACGAAUGACAGCAAUUCCAAGACUGAGGGACACCAAUUGUCUCAGCCUCCGCAGGGAAGCGAUCAACAGCAGGUACACGAUGCCAGCAAUCCCAGAAGGACGCCGAACAGCAACCUCGAGCAGGAGCUGCAGGCUAAAGACAAAGAGAUCAACCAGUUGGUGGAGGAGAUGUCCAGGCUACAACAAAGUCUGCAACGCCUCCAGGAGACCAGUGCGCAAGCAACGGCGCGGCUCGAAGAGGAACUCGAAGUGCGCAAGCAGCACAUCAACAGACUCGAGAGCAAACUGGAACGGCAGCGGGAUUAUGACGACCUGAAGCGUGAGAUCAGUGUACUGAGGUCGGUCGACCUCUCGCAGAUACCGACUGGCGAACCCGGCAAGAGCCUAGAACAUCUUCUCAUGGAGCGCUUCAAGGCGCUCCAGCAAGCCGAGAACCUGAAGCUCUCCAACACGCCCGACGCACUCGGUGGAUUAUCGUCACCCCUGCAGCGCGCCUCGACCGCCUCGCCUCACGGGGUCGGAGGUGUGCCACCUACGUCCCAUGCAUCCUCCCAACAACCACCGCCGCCGCCUCCGACAGCAGCCUCCCUUCCUCCACGUUCCACUCCGACACCCUCCUCGGCCACUUCGACGACUUCGAGCCUCCUUUUCCCGCCGCCCCUCCAGAAUGUGGAGACCUUCGGCUCCUUCCUCGGCGAAGAAAUCGUCGCCAAUUGGAGGCGGUCGUUGGAAAGGACUAUCAUGAACCAGCAACAGCAUCAACAGCAACAAUCGCAACAACAACAGCAACCGCAACAACCGCAGCAACAGCAGCAGCAACAGCCAUCACAGCCACAAUCGUCUCAGUUGAGUCAAUUGACGCAACAGCAACAGCAAUUGCAACAGGCCCAAUCACACAUAGGUUUACAUCCGCCGACAACGCCAAGUAGUUUGAAUCAUCUUCCGUCACCGGGCGCGGACACGUCGUCCACCUCAAACACCCCGGCGAAAUCGAACACGCCAAUUGGUACCACACCUCUGGGCAGCCUCGACGUCAUUGAAAAGGCGCCGACGCCAGUGUCGGGACACGAGACUCCGGCACCGCCGACGCCGUCCUCCACGACUGCCUUAACUUCGCCGCCGAGUUUCCAGCCGCCUACGUCGAUGGUGGAGACCAGCACCCCUGCAGCCUCCAUCAACGGUAGCGGGCUCACGUCCGGGCUGCCGAGCGCGCCACCUCCGAAGAGUCCGGCCGAUCAGGAAUCGUGCCACAACAACAACAACAACAGCCAUCACCUGGCGAACAACAACAUCGGCGGUCUCAGCGUCCUCGAUACGCUGAAGAGUCCGUUUCGUUUCGAUGAUCGCGCCUACCCGUUCCGAUUCGGCGAUGAGUUCGGCGCCGCCGGGAUGGCCGGUCGGCUGGGGGAGUCCCUUAUUCCAAAGGGCGAUCCCAUGGAGGCGCGAUUGCAGGAGAUGCUGCGCCACAACAUGGACAAGUACGCCUCGCAGAACCUCGAUACACUGCACAUAGCCAGGCGAGUGCGCGAGCUGCUGUCAAUACACAAUAUCGGUCAGAGGCUGUUUGCCAAGUACGUGCUCGGGCUAAGUCAGGGCACGGUGAGUGAGUUGCUCAGCAAGCCCAAGCCAUGGGACAAGCUGACUGAGAAGGGCCGCGACAGCUAUCGGAAGAUGCACGGCUGGGCUUGCGACGAGAACGCCGUCCUGCUGCUCAAGUCCCUGAUCCCCAAGAAAGGCAAGGAGCAGGGAAUGCCAGCGUUCGCACGCGGACCACAGGAUGGUGGUCCGCCAGAAAUGAGUGACGAAAGAUUGGCACAUAUUCUCUCGGAGUCGGGACAUAUGCAGAUGCGGGGUGAGCACGAGGUGUCAAACGAUGCCGACAGCAAGAGCCCGAACAGGAUCGGUUGCCCAAGCCCGUUCAACAAGGACAGAUUGGACAGCCAGAACAGGAGACUGAAGAAGUACGAGAACGACGACAUUCCUCAGGAGAAGGUGGUGAGGAUCUACCAGGAGGAGCUGGCCAAGCUGAUGGGUAGGAGAGUGGAGGACCUUCGCCCGCGGGAGUUCCCUAGUGCGAUCUUCCCGCAUUUUUUCAGUGGCACCCAAAGCGGUCUGCAAGGUAUCGAGCGUACCCAGGAGGAUAUUCGGAUGGCGUUGGACGCUUAUCAUCGUGAGCUGCAGAAGCUGAACGCCGCACCGGGGCAGAAUCCCUCAAUAGCUGGACUGCCGGGACUGCCUGGACUUCCGGGGCUGUUAGCGCUUCAGCAACAGGCGCUCCAACAGCACCAUUUGGCCGCCAAUGGUGGUGGCGGUGUUCAGGACUUGAGUCUGGGCAAGAUAGAUCCGCGCAACAAGAUGAUAAACGGCGUAUCGGAGGAGGAGAAGGAGAAAAUGGAGGAAGCGAUGAGACAUGCCGGUAGUGCAUUCUCCUUAGUGAGGCCGAAACAGGACUCGACGGGUCCACAAUCGACACCAGGCGGUUCGAGCGCGAGUUCACCACUUGGCAAUUCCAUACUUCCACCGGCGAUGACGCCCAAUGAAGAGUUCUCUAGUGCGGCGGCGGCCAGUCCUCUUCAGAGGAUGGCCUCGAUCACGAACAGUUUGAUAAGCCAACCGUCCACGCCAACUCACCACUCGGCCAAUCAGAGGCCGCUGAAAGCCGUGCUUCCUCCGAUCACGCAACAGCAGUUCGACAUGUACAACAAUCUUAACACUGAAGACAUCGUCAAGAGGGUAAGUAAAAUCGUGAAGGAACAGCUGUCUCAGUACUCGAUCUCGCAGCGGCUAUUUGGCGAGUCGGUAUUGGGUCUGUCUCAGGGAUCGGUGUCGGACCUGCUCGCGCGUCCCAAACCGUGGCACAUGCUGACCCAGAAAGGCCGCGAACCCUUCAUCCGGAUGAAGAUGUUCCUCGAGGACGACAAUGCGGUGCAUAAGCUGGUGGCCAGCCAAUACAAGAUCGCUCCGGAGAAGCUAAUGAGGACCGGCGGCUACGGCGGCCUGCCUCGUAAGUUUAACUCAGCGUGCGGAACGCCUAUGAAACCGAUGCCGCCGACAAAACUCGUCCAGGAACAGCUGCAGAACGCGGCGAAGGCGCAGGCUGCUGCGCAAGCGGCGGCGCAAGCAGCGGCGCAGCAGCAUCAGCAGGAAAAUCAAAUGCAGCUCGGUCCGCCGCAGCAGAGUCCUCAACAUCCGCAGCACCCGCAGCCGCCACCGCCAAUGAUGUUGACCCCGCCUGGGCCGCACCAUCCUCAUACUCAGCUCAGCAUGCAGGAACUUCAAAAGAAGCAACAGCAGCAGCAGCAACAAAUGUCGUUACACUCGCCACACCAUCAAAUGGCACCAUCGCCCCUUCGUAGUCUCCAUCCGCACAUUUCACCGAGCGUAUACGAGAUGGCUGCCCUUACUCAGGAUCUCGACACGCAGACGAUCACUACGAAGAUCAAAGAAGCGUUAUUGGCAAACAACAUCGGCCAGAAGAUCUUCGGCGAAGCGGUUCUUGGCCUGUCGCAAGGCUCUGUCAGUGAAUUGCUGAGUAAACCGAAACCAUGGCACAUGCUCAGCAUAAAAGGCCGAGAGCCGUUCAUCAGAAUGCAACUCUGGCUAUCGGACGCGCACAAUAUCGAUCGAUUGCAAGCGUUGAAGAACGAACGACGAGAGGCGAACAAGAGACGACGCAGCAGCGGCCCCGGUCACGACAAUAGUUCCGACACCUCGAGCAACGACACCGCCGAAUUCUAUCAUGCAGCGUCGCCCGGCCCAGGGCCCACCACCGGCAAGAAGCAGCGCGUGCUCUUCUCGGAGGAGCAAAAGGAAGCUCUCAGACUCGCCUUCGCCUUGGACCCGUAUCCGAAUGUGGCCACCAUUGAGUUCCUCGCCAGUGAACUCGCCUUAUCGUCACGAACGAUAACCAACUGGUUUCACAAUCACCGCAUGAGACUGAAGCAACAGACGCCGCACGGCCAGCCGGAACCGCAAUCGCCGCGGGAGCCCGGCCAGCCGUUCGAUCCCGUUCAAUUCAGAUUGCUGUUGAACCAAAGACUGCUGGAGAUCCAGAAGGAGAGGCUAGGCCUAGGAAACGUGCCUCUGCCCUACUCUCCGUAUUUCAAUCCCAACCUAGCGGCCCUGGUGGGCAACGCGCUGAAGGAGCAGUGUUCCGGUCUCGAUCUCUCGAUGAACGCCCUGAAGAGGGAGCCCAAUCAGGAGUUCGAGGAUGAAGACGUCGAGGACGCGAUGAGUAAUCUUGGUAGCGAGGACUCGGAAGGAUCGGCCAGCAGUAUAAAAAGGGAGCCCGCGGAAACGCCGACGGCGCCGACGACGGCCAGGUCGAACAGGCGGAAACCCGCGGCACCGCAAUGGGUGAACCCCGAAUGGCAGGAGCCGACGAGGGCGGGCGAUGAAGUCAUCAUCAAUGGCGUUUGCGUAAUGCAGACGGAUGAUUACGGCGUGAAGAGGGAGGCUGAGGAAACCAUAAGGGUCGAGCCAACUCCCGUGCAGGACCGAUACGAAGAGGACGCCCAGAGCGACGUCUCGUCCGUAUCCGGCAACAACGGACCCGAUCGGGACAGUCCGCUGCCUAGUCCCAAGUCUGGUCAGAACAGUCCGCAGACGUUACUCAGACCGCCAUCGGCGCAACAGACGCAGCAGUCCACGGAGGAAAGUCCGAAAGAUGUGGUAAAGCACGAGUCGGAGGAAACGUGGGACUACUAGGACGGGCCGGGACGCAAAAUUCCAUGGAAUUACCCGCGAGCUCGGAGUCUCGGGCAAAGUCGAGACUGGGACGAGGUUUCCGACGCGUCUCCCGCUGGUUCACGCUGCUGAGACAUGCCAAAACGAAUGCUUCGCACGGAAGAACGUUUCUCGCGAGGAUCACCGGUGUCUAAGUUAAGUUUUAAACGAGGAAACCAGUUAUAGGACUCGGUCGUGCGGGACCGAGUCCUGCCUACCACGAGGGCAUUAUCAUAGAGAGGCAAGCACGAUGUGUACGGGUCUGGGGGAGGGUGGACUCCGCGGCCGGAGUCUUCUUCAUCGAGCAGAAAACGAGAGAAAUAUCCUGGUCGACGGACAACAGGCAUUAAGAGAACAAAAACGAUCAAAAAACCGAACGGAGCUCAAUCAAAAGGACUCGCGUUGUGACGUUUUCUACGCGGCAAGUGGUACGAAGUUUAGUGUGUCGGUGCGCGCGGGUCGACGGCGAAAUCGUAUCAUUUAGAAGACUGUGAAGUACAACGGGGCCGGCUGUAGGAGGACGGUGACGGCGACGACAACGACGACAAAGGACGAUGACUACAACAGCAACAACGAAGGGCUCUCGUUGCAAUUCACUCGAAACUCGAGAGAAUUCCGGGCUGCUUUCGCUCUUGGAUGACACCUUCCCUCGAGUGACGAAUGAUCGACGAUGGGGUAUCAUUCCGGCGGAGGGGGAGCGAGACAAGCGGACUAGACGAUGCGUGGAAAACGGAGGCGGUCCGGGUUCGCCACAGUGCAAUCUCCCAGUAACUAAUUGUUAGAUCGAAUUAUUAUUGAUUUUUAAUGAAAAUUGCGCGCGACGGUAUGGCCGAUUAAUGAUUAUUGCAUAAUUGUGAUUCAUGUUAUUGUUUAUACUCGCCUCCCUAUCCUUCGAUAUAGUAAUUAAGAUGUUAAUGUUAUAUAUUCCUCUCUCUCUCUCUCUCUCUUUCUCUCUCCAGUUACGUACCUUUUUCUUGUUUUCGGUUUAAGAUUCGACGUUUCCUUCUUUCCCUCUUCUAUUUUCCUACUUUUUGCUUUUAUUCCGUCUAUUUAUAAAACUGCGAGAAAGAUGAUCACUUAAGACCGUUACCAAUGUUAUUAUUAUCUCACUGCUAUUAUAAUUAUGAUUAAUAUUAUAUUAAUAUUAUUAUAAUAUUAUUAUUAUUAUUAUCAUUAUAUAAAAUUCUCAGUCAAGCACUGUCAUCGAUUACUAUUUUUACGUUGAUAUGUUGAACGGCGUGCAGAAAUGUAAAAUACCAAAAAAGAAGUAAAUUUAUUCGUUUCACGAGAUGAUUAUUUAAAUUUCCUUUUUCUAUUUGUUGGGAAGUAUUAGCUGCGCUAAAAAAAGAGAAACGUUUGGUGAUGAUUAUUAUCUUUGACAAUUAUUAUUUAACAUUAUUUCGAUUGUAUUAUUAUUAUUAUCAUUAAAUAUUGUCGUAUUAUCGGGCUUACGUUAUCAUUGCUAUUGCUACUAUUAUUAUUGUCAUUAUUAUAUAUCGAUAAUCAUUAUUAUUUUGUAUUACUACAUUAGAAUCAUUGUCGCGACAACAAUGUGGCUUGCGAAGCCAAUGUGAUAGAGCUUAUAUUUGCGACGACACGUAGAGAGAGGAAACGCGCGUGCGAGCGAAAGACGAAUCAGACAGCGCCGAUUUCACCGAACGAGGCGAGAAGUCGCGCCUGUCUAAAUUGGUGGACGUGCGAUUCUGCCGCAUGUAAAUAUCUGUACAAAGGAAGAAGGAAGGAGGGAAGUAAUUUCGAGGAAUACGCACAUACACAAAAAGGAAACUACGUACACACACACACACACACACACACACACACACACGUAUACACGUAUCAACCAUAUACAUACAUACAUACAUACAUAGCAGGUACAGAAGUACGCACACACGUAUACACAUCCGCGAUCUUGUAUAUUUACUUACUUACCAUACUUAACUAUCUAAUAGCAUACGAAUAUAUCCACGCAGACUAACAGAGCGAUAACACAUCGAGCGACGCCGCACGCUGAAUUUUCACCUAUCGCGCGGUCGGCGUGUUGCACACUUUAGAAAAUGGAUUCGCGUAAUCAGCGGCGAACGACGAGGUAAGGGAAGAAAGAGGAUUAAGCGCCACGCGUUCCGCUGAACCGCUCGUUGCGAUCCGUGAAAAUGCAGCGUACGGGCUAUUAUAAGCGGCGCAAAGGGAGAACACGUAAUUAUGAGAAUUUGCCGUAAAUUAUUGAUGCCUAGAGGAAGGGAGAAAUGUGCGGGAGACACUUCGAGGCGAUUCAGCGAGAGACAGUGAGAGAGCGAAAGGAACGUGCGAAUGAGCAUGAGCGCGAGUGUCUGUGCGUGAUCAGCUUCGCAAGAGAGAGAGAGAGAGAGAGAGAACGAGAGACAGUCCUCGAAUUAUUACGCGAAUCAAACUAGUAUUUACCAGAAUAAAUUUUAAUCUUCGAUUAAAUUCUAGUCCGCAGUUAACGAAAAAAAAAUAAUAAAAAAGGAGGGAAGGAAGCAAGAAGUGAGAGAGCGCGAGAACGGCAUUGCAUGAUGAUUGCGGGAACGCGGAGAACUCGUGCAAGACGAUCGCUUCCAGAGAAGGGCAUUGCAUAAAACGUGAGACCAGUGAUCGAUCGAUUCUCUUCCACCUAUCCACCCCCUCGCCACCGAUUCUUCUUUUCUUUUUUUUAAGUUCUUCGUGAAUCGUCACGACGGAAGUCCAUCGGACCGCGGUGUAUCGAAUGUACAUACUCCGACAUCCGCGCGAUCACAUCCCGUGUAACUUGAAACGACGCUGAUUUGGCCUGUCGACGAGCGAUCGGGGUGACGGCCGGGAUCGGGUGAUUCUCGCGGUUCGAUUGUUGGUUGGGGGGUAUCGAUAAGGCUUCAAUGAAAAAAAAAACAGGAAAAAGGAAACUCCGGGAACAGCUUUCGACCAAGCGGGGAAAAAUGCGGCAUGCGAGCUCAAAUCUUCGAAUAUCAAAUUGUACGUUUAGUCCGAGCAUUCGACCUCUUUUUAUCAAUCUCGUUGGAUUCAGAAUGUACGAUUAUUCUAAUUAUUAUUCUAAUUAUUCUACGAUUAUACGGUUUUAUACGACUGACGCGGGGCAUCCGCUCCAAUCGCGCAUUCAUGAUCGAUCGUCGUCGAUCGGAACGGAGCUCGUGCUUCAGAAUCACCCUAAGAUGAGCAACAGCGAUGUUAGGCCGAUCGCUCGCGAUGGAUGUGGACGCCUUACUAUUUCCUGUAUGUAUACACGCGAUUAUGAUUGUUUCCCCGUUCUUCGUUCGCGAAGAUGCGUACCCGCAUAUAUAGGUUCUUUGUAGAUACAGGAUAGCCGAUAUAGAUAGCCGAUAGCUUUAAUUAUUUAAACGGUACAGCUUUUGUGUCGAGAGGGCGAAGAUCGACGACCGUCUGUAGAGUGUUACGGCGGACGUGUAACAUAACGUAACGAAGAAUGCACCAAGUGCGUAAAUUGCAUGCGGAUAUACGAAAGCGGUUGCGUCAGCGUAUCGACAACGGCGGGAAGGAGGGAAAUCAUAUCGUAAACCUAAUUAAUGAAUAUUUUACAACAAGAGAUAAUUGUAGAUAGACAUUGAGAGAGAGAAAAAAAAAGAGAAAAGCUGUUGAAGCCCCCCGGGAUGCGCGGAGGAGGGACGCGCGCGUACACGGGAACGCACGUGCGCGGGCAUACGAUCAAAAGAGAACGGAGGGAGAAGAAGUGAAUGAACCACGCGAAUGGACACUGUCAUCCAGUAGCGAAUAAAAAAUAAUGUAUUAAAAAGAUAAAAAACACACAAGGAGGUUUACCUAAAGUAAUAGUCUAUUGAUUUGUAUUUCAUUUCGAACUGUAUUAUAGCUUAAAGAGUAUCCUGUACAUUGCAUAAGCACACGAGCACUAUUGUUUUAAAUUGUACGUUUAUGAUUAUUAUACGAAGAUAAAAAAAGGAAAUAAAUAAGGUAUACAAAAUAUUGAAGA